CACGAAACUCAUGAAAUGUAUUUGUGCUCCAAGCUGAUCACUAUUUACACCUUCAACUUUACUUGCUUGUGAUGCAGGCUAAGCAAAUGACCCAAAUAACACGUUAGGGUAAACUUUUACGAUUUGUUUUGGCGAAUUGUCGAGCGUUGCUGAUUUUUGCUGAAACGUUUUUAGUCCUCGGCCAUUGCUUAGCGCCAUGCGGCCACAAACUAUGCGCAUAUCCUCACCUCAACCUUUUAGGUCAUGCCGUCCUUGCAUCCCAUUCCGAUCCAUUCGGCUCACACAGCGGGUUUCAGUCGAUCGGCCAGCACGGGGCUUGGUCUCCUGCAAAGCCAUGGAGAGGUAUAUGGUGGAGAAGCUGCGUGCGGCCGAAUCUACAUUCAAGGAACUACAAAUGAAAAUGGCGGAUCCUGAAGUCGCUGCUAACGCAGGGGAGUUUCAGAAGGUGGCCAAGGCGGCAGCAGACCUAGAAGAAACGGUUAACACUUUCCGCGCCUACAAGGACACCGAGCAGCAGCUAGUGGAAGCGCAGAAAUACCUCAAGGAAGCAAUAGCUGACGACCCGGAGAUGGCGGAGUUUGCCCGCGAGGAGGUGGUUGAGUUGGAGUCAUCGCUGACACGUCUGGAGGACAAGCUCCGGUUGCACCUGGUACCGCGGGACCCCCUGGAUGACCGCAACAUCAUGCUUGAAAUCCGUGCCGGAGCGGGCGGUGAUGAGGCUUCCAUCUGGGCGGGCGACAUGAUGCGCAUGUACCAGCGCUACGCCAACAAGCAGGGCUGGAAGGCGGCGCUGGUCAGCUGCACGCAGGGCGAGUCCGGGGGCUAUAAAGAAGUCAUUCUGGAGAUCUCCGGCACCAACGUAUACUCCAAGCUCAAGUGGGAGGCGGGAGUGCACCGGGUGCAGCGUGUGCCAGCCACCGAGGCUGCUGGCCGGGUGCACACCUCCACAGCCACGAUUGCCAUUAUGCCCGAGGUGCAGGAAGUGGACGUGCAAAUCAACCCCAACGACAUUGACGUCAAGUUUGCGCGAGCCAGCGGCGCAGGAGGGCAGAAUGUCAACAAAGUGGAGACGGCGGUGGACUUGAUGCACAAACCCACGGGCAUCCGGGUUUUCUGCCAGGAGGAGCGUACGCAGGCGCAGAACAAGGAGCGCGCUUUCCAGAUUCUGCGCGCGAAGCUUUACGAACUGGAGAUCCAGCGGCAGCAGGCUGAGAUUUACGCCGCACGCAAGAUCCAGGUCGGAACUGGCGACCGCUCGGAGAAGAUUAAGACCUACAACUACAAGGACAGCCGUGUAUCAGACCACCGUAUCAAGCAAAAUUUCGACUUGAACAGCAUUAUGGAAGGCGACUUGGAGGACUCGCUUCAGGCAAUGAUAUCCGCGGACCAGCAGGAGAAGCUGAAGGAGCUGGCGGAAUCCGUAAUGGCUGCGUAAAUUGUAUGCUUGCGGCAGGAAACUAUUGUGUAUUGGUUCUCCUCCACCGGGCCGGGUUGGGUAAUCAUCAUCGUGGUUGACAGUUAGACGUGACGCAGGUUGCUAACGCUUUCAUCCCAAGGCGCGCAAUAACGCUUGCUGUUAAUGAUAAUUUGGGGUGUCUAUAGUGCUAAGAGAUAGGCAGCAUAGGUUUUCAACCGUCACGAUCUUAUACGGGCAAGACGUUGGCGUUGCGCUUUAUAUGUUGCAGGUGGGUGCGCUUUUUAGCUAAGAGAUUUAUACUGUACGUUUUAUGACUCUAUCCAGAAGAGCGAUUGUACAUCGUUUCGGUUUGCCAUCUAGAGUUCAGUGUCGUGGGGCUGCUUUGUGAAGCAGCAAUCAAUUUUGAUCGUUCAUAAGCUAGACGCGGGUGCUGGGGCGUCGCAGUUUCCUAACUUCCUGCACAGUCCGCAAGGUCCAAAAUGGUCGCGCCUUGGCAAGAGACCCAAUUUCGGGUCGUAGUGGAGUUCAAGAAGGCAGGCAGCGGCAUGAGACGCGAAAUCAGCAUGACGCACCGAGCCGAUGUUCUGCCGCCGCAGCUGCACGGGCGAGUAUCUCCAGAGGCUUGGGCGGCCUUCGUGACCGACCUAAGCCAACUGGCGCUGAACCAUCCGUACCUGCAGCGGCCCUCCGCUGGGUACUGGUUCGGGUGGCUGGGAGGCAUGAUUUCCCUGCUGUGCAUCGGUUUCGGAUGCUUCGAGGGUGAUGGCGGCAAGUACGGUCCCUGGCUGGCGCAGCUAGAGGCGACGCUGGACCGCCACAGGACAGCCUUUGCGGCGGGUGGGGCAGGGCUCAGCAUCGGCCACGUCCAUGGGUCUUACUGGGCGCAAGUGGACGUGGACCCACGGGUCAUGGCCGUCGGUGCCCCCGUGCCCACGGGCGUUCCCAUACACUACGGCGAAGGGCUUCCCUCCCAUGGAGCUGGUAUACCCUCGCAAAAGGUGUAGUUUCACAAGUUACUCGGCACAUGGAGUGUACAAGGCACUCGGAACAGCCCUCCGCUGAUUCCACGUACCCGAGAUGUAGUGUUUUAAGUGGAGGAUGCAAACGUUGGAGAUCCAGGGACUUGUUGUAGUUUACUGAAUAAACAAGAUGCCCUCAUUAUAUGAGUGAUCUUUGCAAUUGGGGGUGGAGUAGGUCAUGGACAUUGUGGAAGGCAAAGGAGUUGAUACUUGACAGGGAAAACAGUCCCAAUCGAACUUGCAAACAAUUACAGGCGCUGUUGAGGCGCACCUCGCGUAAGGACGCUGGGUUUGUGGUUCACUCGAUGUGUGCAGUCGGCACUUGGGAUCGUCAUGGCUAAUUCCGAGAGGUACUGUUGGCCGUUUUUAAAACAGCCUACGAAGUCUCAUAGGCGCUACGUCUGAUGACAGGAACGGUACCACGUAAGACAUUGUCUGCGUCAUGGUGAAGACCAGCCGCACCAGACUAUUCAGCUGUCCUUAACGGCGUCUGGGCCCAACCAAGCCUCUCUGUAUGCCCCAUCUGUAUAUACCGGUAUCACACCAUGCAUGGGUAUUAAGUUGGACUUUCCGUGCUCAUGCCUUUGCGGCGUCUUCGCA